UCACUCAGACACGAGCAUGCGCAGUUCCCUGUUAUUGACUUAACUUGUAAAACGAAACCAAAAGUCUUUAAUUCGCCUGUGACUGGUUUCUACAACGGAUAUUAUCAAGAAGCGUACAUAUAUUUUCACAUCUCACGUUCUGAAGAUUGUUAUGAGAUAUAUUGGAGAGAUCUGCUUCUGAAAUGAGUCUCUAUGAGCAGAGAGAGGAUGGAGCUGUUCACCAUCAAAGAGCAGCAUCUCCAGUGUUCAGCUGUGUGUCUAUGAAGAGUAACAUCUCCAUGUUUAAUCCCCCUGAUCUCAGUGAUGGACCAGUGACCUCUGACCCUGUGUGGUACACUCAGAUACCAGAAUCUUCAGAAUCCAGCUGUGUGUUUAUGAAGAGUAACAUCUCCAUGUUUAAUCCUCCUGAUCUCAGUGAUGGCGUGAACAGCCAGAGAAACAUAUUUGUACCUCCAGGAUUCAGCUGUGUGUCUAUGAAGAGUAACAUCUCCAUGUUUAAUCCUCCUGAUCUCAGUGAUGGAGUUAUCAGGAGGAAAAGAGGGAGCGCACCAUCUGUACUGUCUAUGAAGAGUAACAUCUCCAUGUUUAAUCCUCCUGAUCUCAGUGAUGGAGUGAACAGGCAGAGAAACAUAUUUGAACUUCCAGAAUCCAGCUGUGUGUCUAUGAAGAGUAACAUCUCCAUGUUUAAUCCUCCUGAUCUCCGUGAUGGAGUGAAAAGGCAGAGAAACAUAUUUGUACCUCCAGAAUCCAGCUGUGUGUCUAUGAAGAGUAACAACUCCAUGCCUCAUCCCCCUGAUCUCAGUGAUGGAGUUAUCAGGCAGAGAAACAUAUUUGUACCUCCAGAAUCCAGCUGUGUGUCUAUGAAGAGUAACAACUCCAUGCCUCAUCCCCCUGAUCUCCGUGAUGGAGUUAUCAGGCAGAGAAACAUAUUUGUACCUCCAGAAUCCAGCUGUGUGUCUAUGAAGAGUAACAACUCCAUGCCUCAUCCCCCUGAUCUCCGUGAUGGAGUUAUCAGAGGGAGAAAGAGAGGGAGAGAUACAUCGGAUGAUGAAACAGACUAUGAAGAAGCUGACAAAACACUGGCCCAGGAAAUAAAACUUCUAGAAUAUCAAGAAGAGUCCAUGGGUAACAGCUCCAUGUUUGAUCCUUUUAAUCUCAGUGCUGACACAGUGAACAGUGUGGAGAGAGCUGAUCUGAUCAGAUCUCGGACAUCUGAUCAGACAGAAGCAGUGGAUGAUGUCCUACAGAGACUCAGAGAGACUCACAAAACCAUCAUGAAGAACAAGUAUGAGAGUUUAUUUGAGGGAAUCAAACUACAAGAGAAUCAAACCCUCCUGAACAGGAUUUACACACAGCUCUACAUCAUCGAGGGAGAGAGUGAAGGAGUGAAUGAAGAACAUGAGGUUUUACAGAUGGAGAAAAGUUACAGGACACUCCAAGACAUUCCAAUCAACUGCAAUGACAUCUUUAAACCUUUAACUGAACCAGGAUGUGAGGAGAAGAGAAGAGAAAACAUCAAGACUGUUCUCACUAAAGGCAUCGCUGGAAUUGGAAAAACAGUGUCUGUGCAGAAGUUCAUUGUGGACUGGGCCGAGGGAAAAGCCAAUCAAGAUGUAGAUUUCAUGUUUGUGCUUCCAUUUCGAGAGCUGAACUUGAUUAAAGAUCACCAGUACAGUCUUCACAAACUUCUGCUGGACUUUCAUCCUGAUCUGGACUCAAAGAUUUAUAAUGAGUGUAAAGUUGUGUUCAUCUUUGAUGGUCUGGAUGAAAGCAGAAUUCCACUGAAGUUUUCAAACAUUGAGAAAGUUUCUGAUGUGAUUGAGACUUCAUCAGUGGGUGUGUUGAUGUCAAACCUCAUCAAAGGAGAUCUGCUUCCCUCUGCUCUCAUCUGGAUCACCUCCAGACCAGCAGCAGCCAAUCAGAUCCCCUCAGAAUACAUCAACCGUGUGACCGAAAUCCAGGGAUUCAAUGACCCUCAGAAGGAGGAAUAUUUCAGGAAGAAAAUCAGUGAUGAGCAUCAAGCCAGCAGAAUCAUCUCACACAUUAGAAGAGCAAGAAGCCUCCACAUCAUGUGCCACAUACCAGUCUUUUGUUGGAUCUCAUCCACUGUGCUUCAAAACAUCCUGAAACAAGAGGACAGUGCAGAAAUCCCUCAAACUCUGACUGAAAUGUACAUCCACUUCCUGCUCAUUCAGAUCAAAAUGAGGAAUGAGAAGUUUGAAGAGAGAGAUCCAGAGAAAGUGAUUGUGAAACUUGCUGAACUGGCUUUCAAACAGCUGAUGAAGGGCAAUGUCAUGUUCUAUGAGGAGGACCUGAUUGAGAGCGGCAUAGACGUCACUGAUGCCUCAGUGUAUUCUGGGAUCUGCACUGAAAUCUUUAAGGAGGAAUCUGUGAUUCAUCAGAGGAAAGUCUACAGCUUCAUUCAUCUGAGCUUUCAGGAGUUUUUUGCAGCACUUUAUGUGUUUUUCUGCUAUUCACACAAGAACUGUGAGGUUCUGAAAAUGUUUCUGAGAGGAAAGCACAGAACUCGAUGUGAGGAUGUUCCUCUGGAUGUGUUUCUGAAGGGAGUAGUGAAUGAAGCCCUGAAGAGUAAAACUGGACAUCUGGAUCUUUUCCUUCGAUUCCUUCAUGGCAUCUCACUGGAGUCCAAUCAGAGACUCUUACAGGAUCUACUGAAACACACAGAGAACAAUCCAGAGAUCAUGAAGAAAAUAAUCCAAAACCUCAAACGAAGUCAAAAACAAAACGUCAGUCCUGAAAGAUGGAUGAAUAUCACACACUGCUUGAUUGAAAUGAAAGAUAAUUCUGUUGUUAAAGAAAUGCAGGCCUUUUUAAAAUCUGAACAGACAUUAGAUCUUUCUCUUGCACAAUGUUCAACUUUGGCCAACAUGAUCCUGAUGUCGGAGGAGGUGCUGGAUGAGUUAGACCUCAACAAAUACAAAAUAAAAGCAAAAGAUUGUCGACAGAGACUCGUACCAGCUGUGAGGAACUGCAGAAAAGCUCUUAUGUCGGGCUGUAAUCUCACUGAUCAGUGUUGUGAAAGUCUGGCGUCAGUUCUACAAUCAUCAAACUCUCCUCUGAGAGAACUGGACCUGAGUAACAAUGACCUGCAGGAUUCAGGAGUGAAGCUGAUCUCUGAUGCACUGAAGAAUACAAACUGUAAACUAGAGAUACUGAGAUUGUCCACCUGUAAUCUCGCUGAUCAGUGUUGUGAAAGUCUGGCAUUGGUUCUACAAUCAUCAAACUCUACUCUGAGAGAGCUGGACCUGAGUAACAAUGACCUGCAGGAUUCAGGAGUGAAGAUGAUCUCUGAUGGACUGAAGAGUACAAACUGUCAACUUGAGAUACUGAGAUUAUCUGGCUGUAUGGUGACAGAAGUCGGCUGUUGUUAUGUUGCUUCAGCUCUGAUUUCAAACCCUUCACACCUGAAAGAGCUGGAUCUGAGCUACAAUCACCCAGGAGAAUCAGGAGUCAAACUGCUCACUGAGAGACUCAGUGAUCCACAAUGCACACUGGAAAAACUCAAUGUGAAUCAUGGAGCAGAGAUCAAUAUUACACCUGGACCACAAAAAUAUUUCUGUGAUCUCACACUGGAUCCAAAUACAGCACACCCUAAUCUCUCUCUGUCUGAGGAGAACAGAAAGGUGACACAUGUGGAAGAGUGUCAGUCAUAUCCUGAACAUCCAGAGAGAUUUGAUGAGCAUCCUCAGGUUCUGUGUGGAGAGAGUCUGACUGGACGCUGUUACUGGGAGGCUGAAUGGAACGGGAGAGCUGAUAUUUCAGUGACAUAUAAAGGAAUCAAGAGGAAAGGAAAGAGUGACAGUUGGUUUGGAUGGAAUAAAAUCUCCUGGAGUCUGCACUGCACUGAUGACAGAUUGACUGUCAGACACAAUAAAAGCAGAACUGACAUACGAGUCCCUUCAGUCCGCUCUAAGAGAAUAGGAGUGUAUCUGGACUGGUCGUCCGACACUCUGUCAUUCUACAGCGUCUCUAACACAAACACACUCACACACUUACACACAUUACACACCACAUUCACUGAACCGCUCUAUGCUGGAUUUAACAUUUGGUAUGGUUCAGUGUCUCUGUGUCGCAUUAAACAGCCGUCUGUGUGAGAAACAACAGAGACAUCACACACACACACACACUCACAUCUGACUUAUAGAAAUAUAAUCAUGUUUGUUCACUUAAACUCUAUUUAAUCACAACUGUAACAUAUUUCCUCGUGUAUUUAGUUUGCUGUGUGUCUGACUUAAAAUCCUGCAGACACCCCUUUUGAAUUGUUUUUAUAUAAAGAAGUAUUUAGAUCUGUGUAAAUAGUAUCAUUCAUCAUACUUGAAAUCUCUAAAGUUAGUAAUAAAUAAAUGUUGAGAUGUUAAAUUAUAAUAUAUAUGUGUUAGCUGUAACUGUGACAUUAUAACUGCACACAGUUAAAACACGGAAGUGAAUCUCUUUCUGUGUUUCUUACACAAGUGUUCAGAAUUACUGUAAUCACUCGUGUGGACACAAGAAGACGCUCUUUCUGUACAUUUAUAAUGUGAGCACAGACUCAAACAAACCUCUGAAUUCAGAGUAACAAACUUUCAUUUACUCUGAACUAUUUCUGCCACUUCUAUUAGGAUGAUAAUGUGAUAUUCUGAACAUGCCAUCUGUUUCCAGAAUUAUCUUACAGACAAACGUUCUCUAAAGACCAAAAACAUGUUUGAACCAAAGAUUUGUGACAUUUAUUUGAAUUUUCAGUAGUUUUUGAGAGAUUCUGAGCAGCAGAGAGCAUGAUGUUAUUUAUUCAAGUCUCUUCUUGAUUUGAUACCUCUGACUGUAUUUUUUAUUUUUUGGCCUCUGAUGUGAAAUGACAAGAAACUGAAAUGACUGGGAUCAUGGUUCAUUCUCUUAUUUCUGUUUAAGACAAGCAUCAUUACUACUGAUCAAUAAAGGAAUAGUCCA